AUGAUCACUGCCUCUCGUGCUUGGGCUUACAGCACGCUGAGUCAUGAUCGCUGCAUCUCGUGCCUGGGCUUACAGCACGCUGAAGCAGCGCUCAUGGAUGAGUCAUGUUCUCAGUGCGGGAACAUGACCAUCGCGACGUUGCGGUCUAGAUACCUCCUCAUUAAACGGGGGGGUAUCCCCCUUGCCAUGCCCCGCUCUAGCUCCUCUGGUUCUCGGAGGGCUACUUCGGUUCAUGGUCAGGGAGACCUGAGGGUUACGGUGAGAGCUUCCCCGUCGAGUACGUCUCCGCGGGCCUCUCAUUCCUCGAGCAUGUCGCACCACCUGGUGCUUCCGGACGAGCGUGCUGGGUCCUCGGACAGGGCGGGGUCCAGCAUCUUGUGCGCGGCACAGGCAGAGGACAGGAUGUCGGUCGCUGCAUCGGAGGGCGAGCUAGGCUCUGGAGAUGAGGAUUCGGCUGCGCUGCCACCGUCAGGUAGAGUGGCGUUGCCCGAGUCAGAUCCAGAGCUGACCGCUAUGCUUUCCCGGGCCGCUGAGAGCGUCGGGCUGCACUGGAGGCCUCCGCCUUCUCCCGAACGCUCGAGGCUGGAUGAUUGGUUCCUGGGGGCGCAGGCCGGGCGUCGGCAGCCGCCUCCGGUUCCAUUCUUCCCGGAAGUGCAUGAGGAGGUUACUAAGUCUUGGAAGGCACCUUUUUCUGCCCGAAACAGACUUGGUGCCUCCUCCGUCCUCACCACCCUCGACGGGGGGGCGGCCCAAGGGUAUGUGGACAUCCCCCCAGUCGAGCGCGCUAUUGCUAUGCAGCUCUGCCCGCAAAGCGCCGCCGCCUGGAGAGGUAGUCCACGCCUUCCGUCCAGGGCCUGUAAGUUCUCGUCCGCUCUGACGGCUAAGGCUUACAGUGCUGCUGGACAGGCCGCUUCCGCCCUGCACGCCAUGGCCCUCCUGCAAGUCCACCAGGCCAAGGCGUUGAAGCAGUUGCACGAGGGUGGUGCUGACUCGGGUGGGCUGCAGGAACUGCGCACGGCGACGGACCUCGCGCUAAGGGCGACGAAAGUCACGGCGCAGGCCCUGGGUCAGACGAUGUCCACAUUGGUGGUCCAGGAGCGCCACCUAUGGCUGACCUUGGGGGAUAUGAGGGAGACCGACAAGCAUUGCUUCCUGGACUCCCCGAUCUCCCAGGCCGGCCUAUUCGGCGAAGCGGUGGAGGGCUUUGCCCAACAGUUCUCCGCCGCGCAGAAGCAGACGGAGGCGUUUCGACACAUCCUGCCCCGGCGGUCUGCUGCUGUCUCCACCCCACCGCCAGCUGCAGCCCCUCUGUCUGCUCGUCGCCGAGGGCACCCUCCUGCGUCAGUGGUAAUUUUCCUCCCAGUCAUGAGGGGGCGUGAGGGAGUCAUUAUCAGUGAAGUUUCUCUAGAUCAGAGAAUAAGAGGAGUGGGAAGUUUGAGGAAGGACACUUGUGAGCUGGGAGUGUUUGCUCUCUCCAUGCUUACUCAAACCCUUAUUUGA